AAAGAGACACAGCCAGGAGAUACAAGCUGAAGCAUCCCUGUUCCCUCGAACAAACAGCCUCAUCCCAGACCCAACAACACACAUUGAGACUGAUCCACAAGACCGACUGGAUACACCCCGAGACAGAUCUUCCCACAGCAGAGAUGAUGCCAGUGUGUACCGUCCUGGAGAAGCGUAACAGUGUGGUGGUGGGAGCUGAGCUGGCCUGCAGCGUACAGGAAGAGAACACGGCUCAUAGGGAGAGCUACAGCGCUGACUGGCAGAGUGUCAGUCUCAAGACUCGACCCCAGGACAGGCAGACAGUAAACCUAAAUGACGACUCUCGUAGGGAGACACUGUCCCGCCAGUGGCAGGUCCGUUCGCUGAAGCAGACCUGCCCCUCCGGUGUCUUCAGAGUGGGCACCGUGGAACGAGGGGUGAGGGAGCACCAGCUGCUGCCGAAGAGAAAAACCCUCCCCUUGCCCAUCUUCACCCCUGCAGAGCUGGGUGUCAGGCUCGGACGCGGAGCCCCGCACACCGAGCAGGACCUCCACCCCUUCCCCGUCCCAGACGGAGCCUGCCCCAACAAGAAGACCGUGGACGAGAUCACAAGAGACCUCCCCCCAGUCAAGCCAAGGCUCAUGGAGUUCUUCAAAGGGCCCAGAGACCUUGGGCGCUCGAUGUCUCAAGAGGCCCAGAGAGGGUGAAAAAACAAAAAGAGAUAGAGAGGAUGUUAGGGAGAGACAAGUUGGGUGACUCCUGUGAAAGAUCAGUCAGUGAGCUACGUGUGUCAGGAAAGAGCAUGACAAGAUAGAUAUAUAUAUAUAUAGAUUUAUCUCGAGUGACAUUCAUCAAAAACCUUAAAUACUGUAGAUGUCUAGCACUAUCUGUGUUUCUUGGUGAACACCAGUCAUUGUUGGCAUGUGGUGCUCCGUGGUAUUAGAAAUGGUUCUCUGAAGGCAUGUAUUGUGACGGAGGAGGGGGGGGGGGGGGGGGUUGUCAGCUGUGUCAUGGACUGAUCUCUGCCUGUGCUGGCCAGCUGAGCUGGUCCCACCAUAUCUGCUGAGCUCUCGCUGGAAUAACUGCAACCCAACCAAGUUGCAUACAAUAUAUUUUGCCUUUAUUACGGAAUGGAUAGUGCAAAUAUCCUUCAGAGGGUAAAUGAAAGUGUGUUUGGGGUUAUGUGAGGUGAGAAGACAGAGGGGAAAUGACCUGCGUAACAAAAGAGAGAGAGAGAGAGAGAGAGAGUGGGAGGGGAAGGGGAUGGGUGAGGGGUGAGGGGUUGUUGGAAGUUGAUCUGAUCUCUGUCGAGUACAGAAUGCUCUGGCGUGAACAGACACAGCGGUUGUUCAUAAUGUGUGUGCGCUGGCUGACACCUCGAAUCAAGAGGACUGAGACUCAUAUGUGUUCAGUGAUCUGCCUCGUUAGUUGAGUGCAGCUCAUAUUUGUAUCGUAUACAUUCUGUAUAUGAUAGAAAAACAGAUUCUGUAUUCGCUGAGAAUAGUGUUGUGAAUGAAUUUGUAAUGUGUGCAUUCCCUAGAUAUUUAUAUUUUAUAAUAAAACCCGAACUGCCCUUCA